UCCUUAUUGCAACAGUCUCAGCGUUAUCUUUAUUGUAUACAAUAAAAAAGUAGAAAAUUUAUCGUUUGCAAUUAUUAAUAUAAGACGAAACUCUGAGUAAUGUUGAAUAUAACGUACGAUUAACAUAUUACGAAGAAACAAAAUUUGUACACAAAAUGAAAAUUCGCUCAUGGUAGCCUUUAAGAGUUAAAAAUGGGAUAAAACCAGUGCAAAAGAAACGAUAGAGAAAUAAUAAGCGAACAACCAAAUUAAAAGAGAAAAAGAGCGAAAAGGAAAGGAGAAAAUUAGAAGAGCAAAAGAAAGGAAGUUGGAGUAGAAAAGUAAGAAAAGUCUUCCGUCAUCGAAUGGCUCAUCUAAUAUGGCUUUUUGUAGAUAAUAAGAGGCGCGUGAAACGCGCCAAUCCUUCCGCGAUUUUUCACUUGUUUUCCUCUUUCGACCGAUCUCUGUGUACGGUAUAUAUUUAUUGACGAAAACGACCAUGCAAAAUCGAGAGAAAGCAUCGAAUUUUUCCAUGAACGCCACUGAGUUUCGGUUUAGAAGCUUAUUUCGACGUGAACGAGAGGAUGUUGAACCAAAUUUCCAUGAUGUACGGUCGAGGCACACGCGCAACUAACGAGGCGACGACCACUGUAAUCGUUUCGAUUCUUUGCUCUAUAAGGUAUCAUUUUGUAUGCUUAUCGCUGGAACAAUGUGGAUGCACAUUUUUAUAGACACAUAUUUUUUUGAGAAAAUCACUGAAGAAAUUGAAUAAAAAUGGAAAUUCGUUUCAUUUACUAGAUAUCAUAAUGGUUCUUAAUUUCUUCGUUAAAAUGAAGAGGCAAAGAAAAAAUGAGACUUCUGGGUUGAUUUUGGAGAGACUAUUUGAUUUCAUAUAUUCAUUAUCCUCUUUGAGUAUCGUACUUCUUACGAAAUAUAUCUAA